CAAUUUGGGGAAGGAGUGGGGCAAGGCCCAUAAGUUAAGGAGUCCAAGAAAAGUAGCAUAGCAUCGCAUCGCAGUGGUGUUUACUGUCAAGUGUCAACAGAAUGGAGUUCGAAAAGAGAAAGGCGGCGGCGUUAGGGUCGCUGAGCUCAACGGAAUCGGACAAAUCUCCGAAAGGUUCGUUAGACACAGCAAUCAUCCCUCUCAUAAACACUCUCAACCAAAACCCCUCUUACUUCACCACCAGCUCCUGCUCCGGCCGAAUCUCAAUCCUCUCCCAACCCCUCUCUCACUCUCAAUCCCCAAACCCUAAAAAGAAGGCCAGAGGAGGCUCAUGGCUCUUCGUUUCCCACCACCUCGCCGAUCCCGACUCGGUUCUCUCCCUCCCCUUUCCCUCCGAGUCGACUCAUUCCCCCGUCGCAUCCGAACUCGUCUUCCGAUUCGAGCCCCUAAUCAUUGCCCUCGAGUGCAGGGACCUCGACUCCGCUCACUCCCUCGUUUCCCUCGCCAUCUCCUGCGGCUUCAGAGAGAGUGGCAUUACCAACGCCAAGAAGCGCGUCAUCAUCGCCAUUCGCUGCUCCAUUCGCAUGGAGGUGCCGUUGGGGGACACGCGCAACGUCAUGGUCACGCCCGAGUAUGUUCGCUACCUCCUUAUGGUCGCAAAUGAGAAAAUGGAAGCCAAUUGGAAAAGAACUCAGAGGUUUCUCCAAGUUUUUCAGUCCACUGGAUCUGUUGUUGCUGAUAACAGUAACCAUUUGUCGUCGGCGAAUGAAGCUUGCGACCACCUGGAACUCGAGGAUGAAUCUCGGCUAGGAAACGGGAAUGCAGGAACUUCUUCAGGGAUUGUGGGUUCUUCUCCUGGUUCUGGUCUGUCAAUUGACCAUUUCGAAAUUGUUGGUGAACCAGUGGAAAAGCUUUUCCUAUGGGGCCACUCAGCUUGUGCAUUGGAUGAUGGUGAUCACAAGAAAGUUGCUGUAUUUGGUGGUUUUGGAGGCAUGGGGAGACACGCCAGAAGAAAUUAUUUGUUGCUGCUUGAUCCAUAUUUGGGCAAUCUUGAAAUGGUUAGCACUGUUGGCUGUGCUUCUCCAUCUCCGCGUUUGGGCCAUACAGCUUCCUUGGUUGGGGAUCACAUGUUUGUGAUUGGAGGCAGGACUGGUCCUGAUAAAAUUCUGAGUGAUGUAUGGAUACUUGAUACAACCAAGAAUUCUUGGAAGCUACUGCAAUUUGGUGAUGAUGUAUUUCCUCCCAGGCAUCGGCAUGCUGCAGCUGUUGUAGGUUCCAACAUUUAUGUAUUUGGGGGGCUUGAUAAUGAUGUUAUCUUUUCUUCCUUUUAUGUUUUUGACACAAACAAUUUACACUGGAAAGAAAUACCAGUUUCUGGGGACAGGCCAUGUGCACGCCACUCACAUGCUAUGGUGGCAUCUGAUUCUCAGAUUUUCGUGUUUGGUGGAUAUAAUGGUGGGAAAGCACUUGGGGAUCUGUAUAGCUUUGAUGUUCAGAAGUGUCAAUGGACAAAGGAAAUAACAACUGGAAGGAAUCCACAUUCUAGGUUCUCCCACUCAAUUUUUGUAUAUAAGAAUUAUCUUGGGGUUCUCGGUGGUUGUCCUGUUAGACAACAUUGUCAAGAGUUGGCUUUACUUGAUUUGAAGCUUCGACUAUGGAAACAUGUUACCCUCAAUUCUGUAGGUAAAGAUUUGUUUGUGCGUAGUACAGUCAAUGUCAUUGGUGAUGAUCUUGUUAUAAUUGGUGGUGGUGCGUCAUGCUAUGCAUUUGGGACCAAAUUCAGUGAGCCAGCAAAAGUCACCUUGCUCAAUUUAGCACAAUCACAUGAUGAGCUUAUGCCUGUAAAAAAUCAAAGAAAGCCUAUAAUUAAACAAAAUGAAGGGACAAGCAGGAGUAACAUUGAAAAUUCUCUUGGACUCCAACUUGAACAUGCACCAAAUAUAUCUGUAGAUGAAAGUUUAUCUUUUAAUGAUAACUUACCUUGCUUGAAUGAUCAAAGUCAGACGAUUGCAUUGCAUUAUGUUUUGCAACUAGAAAAGAAAUAUGCAAAAUUGGGAAAGGAUAUAUUGAAGAAAUUUGGAUGGUUAGACCUGGGGAGGAAGGCAUACUCUGAAGAGGGUGGAGUACAUAUCUGUUUUCCUGUCCAUCAAGAGUUUUUUGCUGUAUUUCAUGAAAGGAAACACCAUUUGGGAGAUGCAUUUGAUGGAAAAAAUGAAGCUCCCUUUUCAAAACCACUAAAACGAGAUGAAUACUUGUUAAAUGAGUUAUCAGGUUCUGAUGCAUUGACACUUCUCCAUGAAUAUGGUGCCAUUGUGCUGGAAGACAAGAUUGUUGAAGAAAGAAAAGCUGCCAAAUCUCCUUUGAAAGUGAUGACUGAAGCAAUAACAUCUUUGGUUGAACAUAGGGGCCUACCACCAAGGCUUCUAGAGGAACUUCCAGCAAGAUGGGAUCGGCUUGGAGAUAUUUUUAUACUUCCAAGUACUUCUUUUAAGGAUUCCAUGUGGGACUCCAUUGUAGAAGAGCUUUGGCCAAUUGUUGCCAAAUGCCUCAAGGCUUACCGUCUAGCUCGUCAGGGCCCGGUUGCUGCAACUGGUACAAGAGAUAGCACAUUGCAGAUUCUUGUUGGAGAUAAUGGUUGGGUCAAUCAUCGAGAAAAUGGAAUACUCUAUUCUUUUGAUGCUACAAAAUGCAUGUUCUCAUGGGGUAAUCUUUCUGAGAAGCUCCGGAUGGCCAGGCUGGAUUGUAAAGAAGAGGUUGUAGUAGACCUGUUUGCAGGCAUUGGUUACUUUGUGCUGCCUUUCCUUGUCAGGGCCCAGGCAGCACUUGUAUAUGCUUGUGAGUGGAAUCCCCAUGCUGUAGAAGCACUCCAACAUAAUCUGCAAGCAAAUUCUGUGGCUGAUCGUUGUAUCAUACUCGAAGGAGAUAAUAGAAUUACAGCACCCAAGAGCGUGGCUGAUAGAGUCUGUCUUGGUCUCAUUCCGUCUAGUGAGCUUAGCUGGGUCACAGCUGUGAGGGCUUUAAGGAGAGAGGGUGGGAUAUUACAUAUCCAUGGGAAUACAAAAGACUCAGAAGAGUGUCAAUGGAUUGAUCAUGUAUCAAAAUCAAUAUCUGAUAUUGCUAGAUCUGAAGGUUAUUGUUGGGAGGUUUCUAUUGAACAUGUGGAGAGGGUAAAAUGGUAUGCUCCGCAUAUUCGCCAUGUUGUAGCAGAUGUAAGAUGCAGACAGAUCCAAAGAUAGUGAAUGGGACUGUUGGUAGUUGAGGUUAAAAACUGGUUUCUGCAUGCAAUCAAUGUGAAUAUCAUUUGGAAUAUUAAUAUGCCAAAAUUCUAACUGAUCUACGGUGGCAAAUGUAAAAUGCUGUCAUUUCAGAAAAUCCUUUUCAAUCAUUGGUCGGACUGGCAAAUAUUGUGCAUUGCAGCGGUGGUGGACUGGAUGAUAGUUAUUGAAUUCGGCAAUCACACAUACCGCGUCUCAUUCCACGUGAUGCGUAUUGCGAUUUGAUGUAUAAAGUGUUGGAACUGAUAAUUUUAUCCUUCCAAAAAUAGUUUAAGGGGAGGGCUUCAAUUUUUAUAACAUGAAGCUGGCCUAAGGUUUUGUUAGUUUGGGCUACGAUGAAGCCCAAGUCGAUAGUCGUUUGUUUGUAUUCUAUGCAGUGUUUCUUUUUUAUAAGCUCAUAAUUUUUAUUGUCAUACUAUUAAUUAAGUUAUCAGAGGGACUCUGGUGGUUUUUUAAUCCGCUAGCAAUGGCUCUGUCUGUAACUUGGUUUGGAAAUGAGUCAGGUUUCUUUCGGUUCGAUAACAUUUGAUUGAGUUUUA